CCGAGGCCGGCAACGGCCAGUGGUGGUAGCCAUUGGCCGCCGGUGGCGAGCGGGGCGGUGGAGGACGACGUCGGUCUCUCCACGACGCACGAUGGCGCGGGCUCCGAGUGGUGGCGGCAACGGUCGUUUUUUGAAUCGCAUGCUGCCACCUUCGUUGUCUUCUCUGGCUGUUGUCGGCAUAUGAAGGUCCACCGGGCGCGACUCCCCCCGCAUGUUACAGCAGUGUGGUGCAGUAGCAGUCGGGUGCACAGUUGGGGUUGGUGGUGAAUUUGAUGGCUGACGUGGGGAGGAGAUUUCCUCUGCUCGUGCUCGCCGUCGUCGUCUUCCUACUUGUCGUCUUCCUCCACGUGUGUUUGUCGUGGUGCUCGUGGAAACAAACAUCGCAAGAGGAGGGCGUCGACGAAACGGUCAGCAGGAGAGCGUACAAUGGCGGGCAUGCAGGGAUGCGCGGGUGUUGGUGCGGGUCAAGGCGGAAUACGAGCUGCGACGACGGAGCCUCCACGGUGGUACGACCUAUCCAUGUACGCCCAUUUGCAAUCGUGGGAGACGCCGCUGUCCCCGUCGGAUGAGGAGCCCGAGACGGAAGAACUGUCGUCGUUGCCUCUUGCCAGCGGCUCGACGCAGCUUUGGUCGCAGACGAUAGGAGCAGGCGGUUCGGGUUGCAAUGAAGGCGGCGAGUACACGUCUUUGCUGCAGCAAGGCUUGGGAGACGACGAUGACGGAGGACUUGAUCUCAGGCUCGACUUAUGUUCUGGCGGGUCCAAGGAGGCGAGCCGUACGUUGAUCAUCGACACCGAUCCUUCACAGCGUGGCGUGGAACAGGGUGGGAGUCAGCGUACGGAUCAAACCACCCAUCGUGCCCAUGCGUCCGUCGCUGCCAGUGUCGAGCCAUCUGCAGUGCUCCGGCGUCAAGGUUUCACGGCACCGUCCGCCAAUCGAUCGACAAGUGACUGGCCUGCACGCAACGGAGCCGCAGCCGGGUCACCGCGCGUCGAGUGUGCACGUCCUUCGAUGCCUGAACGCACAACAUCGACCCAAUCCGACGUGAGGGACGCGGGUGCAUGCAGACCACCGGUGCGUCCAGUACCCACUGUGGAGAACAUCACACGAGGUGUGUCGAACAUGCGGGCACACAGUGAUGGCGGCGACGACGAAGGUGUUGGCGGCGACGAUGCUGACGAGCGAUUGACGGAGGACGUGGACGCAGGGGACGACGACGAAGACAUUCCUCUUCGGCCGUUGGGGAAGACGGGUGGGAGGGGGAGAGCACGCAGCAGGGGUGCUAUUCGAGGUCGAUCCGUUGGCCGUGGGGGCAGAGGUUGUAUCAGCGACAAUGUCGGGAAGUCUGUGACGUACUGGUCUCCGGAGGAACAACUGCAACUAGUGAGAUGCAAGCGGGAGGGAGUCAUUAACGUCGUCAGACCUGCCAACUGGCAGGCUUUUAUCGGCGGGCGAGUGGACACGUGGCGGUCUUCACAUCGGGUCGCGUGGCUCGCCUACACGGGUCGUGAGGGAACAUGUCUGCGCGAGGGACGGGCCGCGAAGAGGCUGCGGUCGGACGAUGCCUCAACAAGGGUCCCUCUUGGAGGAGCGAAAGGUUGGGCGGCAGAGGCGGGGGGCGAUGACGACGACGACUUCGUGACUGAGGAAGAUCAGGGGCAGGCGACUGCGUCUAGAGUUCGGGAGAGUGGAGGGCAAAGACAAUCUGAUCACAGCGCUUCGAAAAGGCUGAUGACCCCUCCACCCGAGACGAAGCAAGUGCGCACCCGCGACAGGCGGACUGACGACGCUCACGUCGACGAUGUUGGUGACGAUGAUGACGAGCCCUUGGAAAGACGCCUCCUGCACAGUCACACAACAGCCACCCCGCCGUCGGCGGCUUCGGGCCACGCUCUCGCUGGAGAAAAAGCAGUUACGGGUAGGCUGCCCGCCACCACGGUUGUGCCACGUCCUCGCAACUUGGCUGCUGAAGGAGGGUCCGUCCAACGAGGCGGCGGUGGGGUAGUCGCAGCGCACGCGGGCCCAGUUGGGGUUGAGGCGGCAGGUGCGGCGGGCGUGGUUGCGGGUGUUUCAGGCAGUGCGCCCCCAGAUCCGGCGGCGAGAGAGGAGGGAGCUGUUGUGGCGAUGGCGAGGGACGACGCGCGUGGAGAGAAGAGGAGUGAUCGGGAGGGCGGCGAAGCUGGUUCGAACAGGCCGCGCAGGGGAGUGUUGACAAAUGACCUCAUAGACCGUGCCGUCCUUUGGGUCGACGACAAACCUUUCUGGACGACGGGGGAGGGGCGAAGACUCUACAACAUCGUACACGAGACAAGAGAGAUCGCCGACCCGUCGCAGCUGCAACAAGCGACCUCCCGUGCGUCGGCAGUGGAGAACAUCGCUCUCCGCGUAUUGCACGGCUGGGUUUUCAAGUCUGGGAACCGCCCGAGGGGUUACAAUCUUGCUUUCCAGUACGAGCUCGAGUCCGUGGCGACGGACAUAGCACGAGCUAUGUGGUACGGCGAGGAGUGGUGCAACGCCGUCAGCCCGGCGGUUUGCGCACACGCAAUAGAUCUCUCCAUAGACUUGCCGCUGUGGUUCGCGGGCGUGAAAGUCGAGAACAGACCGGACGAUGAUGACAUGGCGGCGUACCAGGAGUCCACCAUCAUCUGCGUCGCGCAUGCAUUCCGGGCGGCGGUGCAAAUGGGGGCGGUCAUCGAUGGCGAGUUCAUCUCGCACGAUCGUCUUUGCCGGGUGGCUGACUGCUUUAGACUGUUGUUGGCGGCGUGCAUGUGGAUAAUGCACAUGUCGGAAGAUGAUCCGCGCAGCCACUUCGAAGCUUUCCACUUCGCGACGCUGGUGGCGAAGCCCACACUCGUGGCGUCCGUGCAUCGGUCGUUCGACCAUCGUCGAUCCAUUCGCCUCGCCGUGAAAGCCGUCACGGAAAGGCUCGGGAAGGCAAACGCCACUUCGAUCGACAUGCAAUUCGAAAGCGCUUUCAGCGCACCUUUUCUUUAAUCUUUCUUUGUUUGUCUGCCCUCCACCUUUGCACCGUUGUUAUCCUCUCAACGAUGGAUGAUCAAAAGAAGUUUGCCUCGCAUGCAUGCGCACAACCGAAGACGACGUCCUUGAAAUGCGCUUUGUAUUCGUUGUAUGAGGUCGACCAACUGUCAUCAAUGUUUCCGACAGCAUUUUGUGAAGCUCACAAAAAAAAUCGUGACAGACGAAUCGACGAAAAAGAUCGUUGUAUGAGGUCGACCAACAGCACACGAAAAAGACCGUGAUAGACAAACUGACGACGUAAUAAUUGAGACAAACAAAAAAAAUUAUAAGAACAUUGCAAAAAAAAAAGAAGAAAAACAAAGACUCGUCCUGAAUCGAAGAAGAUUUCAUGAAACACAUAAAAUUGAGGAGCCAAACAAAUAGCAAUUCCCACC